AUGAUAUUUUUGUGUAUUGAUCCAUUACUUCAGACAUUAACACCGUUAUACUAUAUUUUAAAAGUAUUUAUAUUUUCUUUAAUUUAUCUUAGUCCUUUAAAAUAUGGAAUUAUAUUAAAAGAUAAAGUGAUGAAAAAAAUAAAUAUGAUUGGUGUGACAGUUGAAAAUUUUUUUAGUAAAAAGAAUAAAAGUUAUUUUGAAAAUACACAAAAUAAAGAAACUUUAUCUACAAAAACAGUUAAUAAUUCUAUGUCUGAUUCUCCAACAUUUCAAAUAUCAGAAGAUAAAGCAUCAAUAAAUGAUUCUAGAAGUAAAAUAUCUAUUUAUGAUUCAACCAAUAAUUCUUCAGAAUUAUUAAAAAAAAAUAAUAAAAAUGUUUUAUCUUCAAAUGAAAUUUCAGAAAGUAUAUUAUAUGCUCAUCCUGGUGACAUAGCUUUUUCAGUUGAUAAAUUUCUUUCGUUUCCAAAAAAUUUUAUAACAGAAGUUUCUGAAUGUGUAUAUAUUAAAAAUUUAAAUACUUCAAAUCCUAUGGUUUUUAAUAUAAAAACUAACGCUCCAAAUUGUGUAAAUGCAAUACCAGGAAAAGCAAUUAUAAAUAAUGGAGAAACACUAGUUAUAAAUAUACUUCUAAGACCAAUGUCUGAGGGUUUUAAAAUUCAUAAAAUUAUUAUUGUAAUUGAAUACAACAUUGCUCCUAUUGGAACAAAAACUUUUUCAUCAAACCUUAUUGAUGGUCGGUAUAAAAAAAUUUUUAAAUUGUGUCAUUAUUAA